UUUGGUUAAAACAAAAGAUAUUAAUUAGAGAGAAAGAGAGAUGGAGAAGAAGAGAGGACAUGUAUUGGCAGUUCCAUAUCCAACGCAAGGACACAUCACUCCAAUCCGCCAAUUCUGCAAACGACUUCACUACAAAGGUCUCAAGACCACUCUCGCUCUCACCACUUUCAUCUUCAACUCCAUCAAACCUGACCUUUCUGGUCCGAUCUCCAUAGCCACCAUCUCCGACGGCUAUGACCACGGCGGCUUCGACACAGCUGGCUCCAUCCACGACUACCUCCAAAACUUCAAAACUUCCGGCUCCAAAACCAUUGCAGACAUCAUCCGCAAACACCAAACUAGCGAUAACCCCGUCACUUGUAUCGUCUAUGAUGCUUUCAUGCCUUGGGCGCUUGACGUUGCUAGAGAGUUUGGUUUAGUUGCCACUCCUUUCUUUACGCAGCCUUGUGCUGUUAACUACGUUUAUUAUCUUUCCUACAUAAACAAUGGAAGCUUGGAGCUUCCCAUUGAGGAAUUGCCUUUUCUUGAGCUUCAAGAUUUGCCUUCCUUCUUCUCUGUUUCUGGAUCUUACCCAGCUUACUUUGAGAUGGUCCUUCAGCAGUUUAUAAAUUUCGAAAAAGCUGAUUUCGUACUCGUUAAUAGCUUCCAAGAGUUAGAACUUCACGAGAAGGAAUUGUGGUCGAAAUCUUGUCCCGUGUUGACAAUUGGUCCGACUAUUCCAUCAAUUUACUUAGAUCAACGUAUCAAAUCAGACACCGACUAUGAUCUCAAUCUAUUUGGAUCGACAGAUGCUUCCUACUGCACUAACUGGCUCGACACGAGGCCACAAGGGUCGGUGGUGUACGUAGCAUUUGGAAGCAUGGCCCAGCUGAAUAAUGUGCAGAUGGAGGAGCUUGCUUUAGCAGUAAGCAAGUUCAGCUUCCUAUGGGUGGUCAGAUCUUCAGAGGAGGCUAAGCUUCCAUCAGGAUUUCUUGAGACAGUGGAUAAAGAGAAAAGUAUGGUCUUGAAAUGGAGUCCUCAGCUUCAAGUUCUGUCAAACAAAGCCAUUGGUUGUUUCUUGACUCACUGUGGCUGGAACUCAACCAUGGAGGCUUUGACCUUUGGGGUUCCCAUGGUAGCAAUGCCUCAAUGGACCGAUCAACCAAUGAACUCAAAGUACAUACAAGAUGUGUGGAAGGCUGGAGUUCGGGUUAAGACAGACAAGGAGAGUGGGAUUGCUAAGAGGGCAGAGAUUGAGUUUAGCAUUCAGGAAGUGAUGGAAGGAGAGAAGAGCGUAGAGAUGAAGAAGAACGUGAAGAAAUGGAGAGACUUGGCUGUCAAGUCACUCAAUGAAGGAGGUUCUACAGAUAUCAACAUUGACACAUUUGUAUCAAAGGUUGAGAGCAAAUAAGCUACUCACAUAAGGCAGUAACGAUCGGUCUAUAAUUUCUUGUUGAGUAUGUCUUUCAUUCAGCAUAAUCUUCAGUUGAUUUUUCUUAUGUUGUAUGUUCAAAUCCUUAUAUUUCAUCUUGUUGAAAACAAUAAAAAGAUUCAAUGCAACACCUUACUUUACCACCA